CAGAGGCCCCUGUCUCUUCGCGACCUUAUGACUUUGAGUCCAUCCAGCCCUCCCCUCGCCUGUUCGAAUAAACUUCCUACUUACCCGCCGGUAGCCGGGAUCGCCCUCUGACCUUGCUCAUCUCUUUGGGCCCCGCCCCCGCCGCGAUCACUCUAUCUCCACCCACGUCCACGCCCCGGGACUAGGCUAGCCAUGUCUGAAAUUGUCCGGAGAAUCGUGCGGCGUUGGUAUCAUCCGAGCCUGCUCCGGAGGAUCACUGUUGUGAACAUACACCUUUUGGCCUCAGUACACUGAAGUUUACCCUUCCCUUCUGCUUUAUCUUUCUGGGCAGUACACUUGGUCCCCAGCUCUCCAGCUACACACAAGUGGAACAGCCAUGAGCGUCACUCAAAAGGAUUUUGAAAAUGCAAUGAAUCAAGUGAAACUGUUGAAGAAGGACCCAGGAAAUGAAGUGAAGCUAAAACUCUAUGCACUCUAUAAGCAGGCUACUGAAGGACCUUGUAAUAUCCCCAAACCAGGUGCGUUUGAUUUUGUCAAUAAAGCCAAAUGGGAUGCAUGGAAUGGUCUUGGCAGUCUGCCCAAGGAAACUGCAAGGCAGAACUACGUAGAUUUGGUGUCCAGUUUGAGUGGUCCUUCAUCUGAAUCCUCUAGCCAAGUAAAGCCUGGAGCUGACAGUAAACAAGAAGGAUAUGAAAACCUGCUGGUCACCUCUGAAGAUAGAAUCACAAAGAUCUUAUUGAACCGGCCCACCAAAAAGAAUGCAAUCACCACUCAGAUGUAUCAUGAAAUUAUGCUUGCACUUAAAGCUGCAAGCCAAGAUGACUCGGUUUUAACUGUUUUAACAGGAAGUGGUGACUAUUACUGUAGUGGGAAUGAUUUGACUAACUUCACUGACAUUCCCCCUGGUGGAGUAGAAGAGAAAGCAAAAAAUAGUUCCUUCUUAUUGAGAGAUUUUGUAAACUGCUUUAUAGAUUUUCCUAAGCCUCUAGUUGCAGUGGUAAAUGGUCCAGCAGUGGGAAUCUCUGUCACUAUCUUGGGACUCUUUGAUAUCGUCUAUGCAUCUGACAGGGCAACAUUCCAUACUCCAUUUAGUCACCUGGGCCAAAGUCCAGAAGGAUGCUCCUCUUACACAUUUCCGAAGAUAAUGGGCUCAAGCAAGGCAGCAGAGAUGCUUAUUUUUGGGAAGAAGUUAACAGCAGGAGAAGCCUGUGCUCAAGGACUUGUGACUCAAGUUUUUCCCGACAGUACUUUUCAGAAAGAAGUUUGGACCAGGCUGAAAGCAUAUUCAAAGCUCCCCCCAAAUGCCAUGAGAAUCUCCAAAGAGAUCAUUAGGAAGAAUGAGAAAGAAAAGCUUCAUGCGGUUAAUGCUGAAGAAUGCAAUGUCCUCCUAAGCAGAUGGCAGUCAGAUGAGUGCAUGAAUGCAGUCGUGAACUUCUUAUCCAGAAAAGCAAAACUGUAAUGUUGAAUAUAACAUAACUGUGGAAGCCACAGAAAAGUUAAGCAUUAUGAAUAAAGGGAUAUGCUAUUCUUUCUGAUUAUCAAUACUUUAAAUGAACUUCACUGUGCCUUUUUUUUAAUGCUAAAAAUAUUAAACUGUUUAUGGUGAUUAUAUUUCACUGGAGCCCCUGAUGGAAAAAAGAAAAUAAAGUAUAUAAAAAUGA